ACAAACUUGGUCACCUGAUGGGGGGAGGGAAGUAGAUAGGUAUAUAACCCCUUAUCUCCCUGGACAGUUUCACACAGCCAACGACCUGACCUAGACAAGACAGUUCAACAUUGACUUGCCAUCACCAUGAAGCUGCUCACCGUGACCGUGCUGAUCCUAACCAUCUGCCACCUGGAAGGAGCCCUGGUUAGAAGACAGGCAGAACAGCCCAGGGCAGUGGGCAUCUUAUCUGAGUACUACCAGAAGCUGGCUGAUUUCGGCAAGGACUUAGUAGAGAAGGCUAAGACCCCAGAGGUGCAGUCCCAAGUCCAGGCUUAUUUUGAGAAGUCACAAGAGCAAGUGAUCCCACUGGCCAAGAAGGCCUUCACAGACACGAUGACCUUUUUCAGCUCUCUUGUGGAGGCAGGCAAGAAAGCUACCAGCCAAUAGGAUUUUUCCUAUCUCCAGCUUGCCUUCCAACAUACAUAUUAUAUAACUUUAACCCACCCUCCCCAAACCCCUUUCAGACCAGUCUGCAAGCUGGCCUUUCCUUCCCACUCCCUGAACAUCCCCGAUUUUCUACAAUAAACGCUGCAUGAGCCAU